AUGCCAGAUCUGUCUGUCUAUCUAUCUAUCUGUCUUAAUUUCUUAUCCCCUCCCUCUCUCUCUCUCUUUCCCUCUCUCUUUCUCUCUUUCCCUCGUUCCCUCUCUCUUUCCCUCGUUCCCUCUCUCUUUCCCUCGUUCCCUCUCUCUUUCCCUCGUUCCCUCUCUCUUUCCCUCGUUCCCUCUCUCUUUCCCUCGUUCCUCUCUCUUUCCCUCGUUCCCUCUCUCUCUUUCCCUCUCUCGUUCCUCUCUCUUUCCCUCAUUCCCUCUCUCUUUCCCUCUUCCCUCUCUCUUUCCCUCUCCUCCCUCUCUCUCUCCUCUCUCUCUCCCUCUCCUCCCUCUCUCUUUCCCUCUCCUCCCUCUCUCUUUCCCUCUCCCUCCCCUUCUCUCUUUCCCUCUCCUCCCUCUCUCUUUCCCUCUCACUCCCUCUCUCUUUCCCUCUCACUCCCUCUCUCUUUCCCUCUCACUCCCUCUCUCUUUCCCUCUCACUCCCUCUCUCUUUUUCUCUUUCCCUCUCUCUUUCUCUCUUUCCCUCUCUCUUUUUCUCUUUCCCUCUCUCUUUUUCUCUUUCCCUCUUUUUCUCUUUCCCUCUUUUUCUCUUUCCCUCUUUUUCUCUUUCCCUCUCUUUCUCUUUCCCUCUUCUUUCUCUUUCCCUCUCUUUCUCUUUCUUUCUCUUUCCCUCUCUUUCUUUCUCUUUCCUCUCUUUCUCUUUUUUUUCUUUCCCUCUCUUUUCUUUUUUCUUUCCUCUCUUUCUUUUCUUUCCCUUCUUUCUUUCUCUUUCCCUCUCUUUCUUUCUCUUUCCCUCUCUUUCUUUCUCUUUCCCUCUCUUUCUUUCUCUUUCCCUCUCUCUCUUUCUCUCUCUCUCUCUCUCCCCCCUCUCUCUCAGAUUUAGUGUUAUGA